GCCUCCCAGAUGACAACUCUGGCAGUGAUACUGAUGUUGCUGAGUCCUUCCCUUGCUUUGGCCAGGGACACCUCACCGCAUUUCUUGGAAAUGGCGAAGUCUGAGUGUCACUUCUCCAACGGGACGGAGCGGGUGCGGUUCCUGCAGAGAUACUUCUAUAACGGAGCCGAGCUCGCGCGCUUCGACAGCGACGUGGGCGAGUUCCGGGCGGUGACCGAGCUGGGGCGGCCGGAAGCCGAGUCCUGGAACUCACAGAAGGACAUCCUGGAGGAUAACAGGGCCGCGGUGGACACGUACUGCAGACACAACUAUGGGGUCUUAGAUAGCUUCAUCGUGCACAGGAGAGUUCAGCCCAUGGUGACUAAAGUGUUUCCUACGAAGACUCAGCCUCUGCACCACCACUACCUCCUGGUCUGCUCUGUGAAUGGUUUCUACCCAGGUAACAUUGAAGUCAGGUGGUUCCGGAAUGGCCAGGAGCAGGAGGCCGGAGUUAUCUCCACAGGACUCAUCUGGAAUGGAGACUGGACCUUCCAGAUAAUGGUGAUGCUUGAAACAGUUCCUGAGAGUGGAGAUGUCUACAGGUGCCAAGUGGAGCACCCAAGCCUGUCAAGUCCCAUGUCAGAGGAAUGGAGGGCACAGAGUGACUCUGCACAGAGCAAAAUGCUGAGUGGAAUUGGGGGCUUUGUUUUGGGCCUAGUCUUCCUUGGAGUAGGCUUGUUUAUCAACUACAGAAAUCAGAAAGGAAACUCGGGACUUCAGCCCACAGGACUUCUGCACUGAAUUGAAGAUGCUGACAUUCAACCAAGAACCUUUUCUUCCUUCUUCUCCAUCGAAUGAAAAGUUAC